AUGUUGUUCUAUAGAACUACUACGGUCAAACCGUUUGAUGAUUUUCCAACUAAAAUUCCUGAAAAAUAUUUCCGAGAGUUUUCUGAUAUUUUGGCCGGAAAAGCAGAAAGACAUUUGUUGAUCGAUGUAAUUGGCCAGAUUGUUAACGUCGACUGUCUUGAGAGUAUCAAAACUAAAGGGAAGGAUAAUGUGAAACUAGCUUUCGAAUUGCAAGAUCUGAAGUUGCCAUCCGAGGUCGUCGAUUUAGUUCAGAUUAAUAAUGAGCCUAAAAAUGAACUUCCAAAGGUCACGCUAUAUGAAGAGUUCUUCGUAUUCAAUGAAAAGAUGACAAUAGACGACAUACUUUAUGCACUAGAGGUGCGUACAUGUGUUACAAUUGCAAAAAUUAUUUCCGUAGAGGCACUGCCUAAAUGGUAUUACAUUGCUUGCAAAGCCUGUAAUAAAAAAGUUCAGCCAUACCCGUUAGAUUCUCAAGUCGGAAAAGAACGAUUAUACAGCUGUGGUGUUUGCGAUAAAGAUGUUACAGAAGUUGAUUGCAAGUUUAAAUUGAUAUUACAUGUCUCAUAUGGAAGUUCUCCAAGUAUUAGACUGCUUUUCUUUGAUGGUCUGUCUCAACUACUAAUUGGAAAAAAGGCUGAUGAAUUGGUUGCACAGUUAGCUGAGGAUGAUCCUUCGAGCAUUCCCAUUGCUAUUUCUUCUUUUAUUGGAAAAACUAUGUUGUUCAAGGUUUCAAUCACAAAUGACAAUUUGAAGAGUUCCAAAUCUGCUUAUGUUGUUGAAAAAUUUUGGGGAAAAGAAGAUAUGAUAGUACAAUUUGUAAAGGAGAGCUAUGGAAAUGUCGAUGUCAAUCCUCGGAUUCUGGAAAUUACCGAUGGAAUAGACGAAAGUUCUUCGGCUGAUUCGGUUACAUCUUCGUCGAAGAAGAGAACUUCUCGAAAGAGUGGCGACUCCGCGAAUAGUCAUUAUAUGAUUACAAGGAAGAAGAUCAAAACCGAAAAACCAACAUAG